GAAAUCUUUUCUGUUCUCAUUGAACAACAGCCCAUCCAAUCUUUUUAUUCUACUUCUUUUCAUUUUUCUUUUUUUAGGGGACUUUCGGUAUCGUGUCGUUUUCUCUUAUCAACAGCCGACUUUUUGGCCUUUGUCGGCAUAUAUUUCAACACCAACUUUUGAAUUCCUUUUGUUUUUAUAUUUCUAAUAUGAAAAUCAUAUAGUGAAGGGGCCAACCUGCAUAUGAUGUUGUAAAGCUUCAACCUUUCUGUUGGGCUUUUGUUUCUGCUUGAAAUCUCUCACCAAACCAAUUAUUCGUUUUUCGUUUUGGCAUUAGUCCGCCCUCAAUUGGGUCUCUUUCAUUUCCACGCUCUGCCCUCUGAAUAUUCAGUCAUUCACUGCUUUCUUUGGUUCCACCACACAUGAACAGUUUAUGGGAGGAAUGAUGCAGGCCUAGCUUCUGGUGUUACAUUAGUUGUUUCUUUGAUUGUUUUGAACCUCCCUUGUCCAUUACUGGAUACAGUGCCGAGUUUCACCUUGGAGUACUGAUUCGUAUUGGAAGGACUGGAGUGUUUUCUAUUUCAAGCACAUGGCUGCCAUGGGGACUUCAUCUGCAUUUAUGCAGAAAGGCCCCCAGGAUUUGACUAAAAUUUUGGUAACAGCUAUCUUUGAGUGGUUGCUUAUUUCUUUGCUGUUCGUUGAUGCCAUAUUCUCCUAUAUAAUUACGAAGUUUGCUUAUUACUGUGGAUUGCAAACACCCUGCCUGCUGUGCUCAAGACUUGAUCAUGUUUUGGGCAAGGAAAAACUUGGUUAUUAUUGGGACCUGUUCUGCGGCAAUCACAAGUCAGAGAUUUCUUCACUAGUUCUUUGCUAUGCUCACCAUAAGCUUGUAGAUGUUCAUGGAAUGUGUGAAAGUUGCCUCUUCUCAUUUGCAACAAUUAAUAGAUCCAAUGCUGAGACAUACAGAUUACUGGUGGGUAAGUUGGGGGAUGAUGCUAACUUUGAUUUUGAUCAGGACCCAUUACUUGGGGGUCAUAAGCCUUGCCUUUCAAGCGGAACACUUUGUUCUUGUUGCAAGCAGCCAUGCAUAUCUCGUGGGCAUUCUCAAAAGUUGAUUCAGACAAAAAAAUUUGGGUCCGAGGCUGAACUUGAUGUGCCCUUAUCUCGUGAUAUUGAACAUAAUCAGAAAGAACUGAGGAAGGGACAAGAUGAAUCAUAUAUUUCAGUAAGAGCCACUCAUAUGAGAGAUAGUGGGCUUCACCCUUUAUCUCAUGUUGGAUACACAGAGCUCAAGGUUACUUCUGAUACUGAAUCGGAGGUUCAUUUUUCUGAUGAUGAUAAUGCAAGUGGUUUGAUUCAUGAAAGAUGUGAUCCCAAGGAAGAUAUCUCUGCUCAAUAUGCUGAGUCCCGCAUUAUUACUCCAGCACUGAUAGAUCCAGCAUCUGUGCCCAAGCCUUCACUUUUGACACAAGUAGAUCCCAACUCCAAUGGUAGUACAUCUGUAGCAUCAACUGUUGCUUUUGGCCAUGGAUUGGAGGAACUUAAUUGGCAAAAAGUUGGAAGCAAGGCUGAUUUCCCUGCAUUAACUGAACCUAUCCUUGACAAUACCCCUCCAUCAUCAAAUGCAAUGGAAGCCCCAGUUGAAGUAUCAAAAGGAAAAAAAGAUGUGACAAUAACUCAUGAAACUGAUCAAAUAUCUGCGGCAGAACCUAGGGAAUUGUACAAGGGAGGAGUCAGGGCACUCACAACAUCUGAAACAGGUGUGGAAACAAUCCCCAUCUCAAGCAACAUCGAUCAGCAAGUAACCAAUGUUUUAGAUCUCGGUGAUGCUUAUAAGCUUGUUGUUGUUAGUAAAGGCAGUCAGUUAUCUGGUGUGCUUGCAGAACAAUGGAUUGGGAAGGACUCUUCAAGAGUUACUGAAGAUUUGAAGGUCUUGCUGUCACAAUUGUCUGGCACUCGAGGGAAUGAGCAAUCAACAAACGAAAUGAGUCCAAAGUUGUCCCCAAAUAGUGGUGAUUUGAAGGCUUCUGAUUCUUCCAACUCUAUUGGGUUGCAGAUACUUCAAAAGAGGAUCUCACUUGAAAGAAACGAGUCUGGGUUAUCUCUGGAUGGGAGCAUUGUCAGUGAAAUUGAGGGUGAGAGUGUUGUUGAUCGAUUAAAACGGCAGGUUGAGCAUGACAAGAAACUUAUGAGUGCUUUGUAUAAGGAGUUGGAGGAAGAAAGAAAUGCUUCUGCAGUUGCUUCUGAUCAAGCAAUGGCCAUGAUUACAAGACUGCAAGAGGAGAAGGCAGCAAUCCACAUGGAAGCACUUCAGCACCUACGAAUGAUGGAAGAGCAAGCUGAGUAUGAUAACGAAGCACUUCAGAAGAUAGAUGACCUUCUUGUUGAGAAGGAGAAGGAAAUACAAGAUCUAGAGGCAGAGCUGGAAUUUUAUAGGAGGAAGUUCCCAAAUGAAUCGAUGCUAGAGAAUCUUCCAGAGACAACCUGUGAUAUCCAGGCAAGGGAUAUUGUGGUGGAUCAUUCAGAAUCAAGCAGCAUUGAACAUAGUGCUAGUGUUCCUAAACAUGUGGACACUGGAAGGCCUCAUACAUACAGCACUAUGCCUUUUAGUGAUGAGGAUGGUGGUAGGGUAAAGACUUCACUUUUGGAUUUUGAAGAUGAGAAAAUAGAAAUCUUGCAAUGUUUAGAGAAGUUAGAGAAGGCACUUUCAUUGUUCUCUAAUAAUGGAGAAAACUCGGAUUCAUCUAAAGGUGAUUGUUCUGAAAAUGGAGGAAAUGGGGUUGGCAAGUCGAAUCUGCAUAAUGGUGAUGGAGGUUCUCAACAAAAUGAUGCAAUACGAGAGAAUGGUUUGCCAAUGCAACAUCAAGUGCCUGUAACGUCAGGACAUAUUUCAUCCCUUGAGAACCCUCUGUUAAACGGUAAACAGAGUGAAACUUAUUGCAAUGGGCAGAACUCUGCAGAGCUCUGUCAAGUGACUGAUUUAGCUUCUCUUCCGAUCCUGAUUUCCGAUCUGAAUAAGAGGUUGAAGGCACUUGAGGCAGACCGAGGAUUUCUUGAACGCACAAUUAACUCACUUAGAUAUGGAGAGGAGGGACUGAAGUUCAUUGAACAGAUAGCUUCCCACCUGGGGGAAUUACGGAAGGUCGGGAUAAGAAGAGAUCAAACUUCAGCUUGAGGAUGUGUAAUCCCUUCAAAAAUGUGGCAUGCGAAAUGGAGAUGAUGUUCCAGAAGGCAGAAGCUGGAGUGUAUGAUAGCCAAUAUAUGUACUGUAUUGAAGAUUGUGUAUGAAGUGUACAGAAAUACUAGCUUGUUUCCUCUCAACACAAAGAAAAUGAUAGGAUUUGACCCCAUACCCCAUAUACAGUUGGGUCAUUUUUCUCCCUUCCCCGCCUUUUUUGGGGUCUGACAUAUUUCACUUUUUACCUUGGAAGAAGUUUGUAGAGUUGGUGAGCCUUUUCUUGUUUUCCUUAUUAAAUUUGAGUGGAUGUUUAUUCAUUUGUUUUUUUCUUCAACUUCUUUUCUUUUCCAUUUUUGGUUUCUGGAGUGGAUGAGUGAUUGCACUGUAAAACGGGUGAUUAUUGUGUGUAAACUGUAAAUUAUACUGUUGUGAUCAAUAAGAAGAUUGAUGCCAUUUUGAUUUGUGCUA